AUGCAGAAGCUUAUCUGUUGCUGUAUGAUCAUUGCCUGUUUCUUUGGUCCCCUCCUAUCGCUUCCAAUCAUUGACCCACGUGAAGUGUCCUUUCGGUUACCAGACUCACAGAUGGAGUUUGGAGAACUGCGCAGUUGGGAUGACUCUGGCGUGCUGCAGAAUCUCCCAGCAAUUCUAGACAGCGGCAGAGAUUCCAGCACUGAUACAGAUGACAUUGUCAGCAAAGAAGGACUCAGUCUAGGAACCUACAAUAUUGACGACAGCAUGAAACAGGAAUUCUUUGACAAGCAUCCACGGAUAUCACUGCUGAGUCGUCUACAAGCUAAGGACCGGAAGCAACAGAAGAAGCGCGCAGGGAACUUGUCAGAAUGUUUCUGGAAAUACUGCGUCUAAUGCGGGGAAUGUGACUAUAUAUGAUUUCUGCUUAUUUUUACAAGUGUCACACUUCUUGUAUAUACAACAAAGCCUCAUUUCAACCACCUACAAAAUAAUGAAGAGCGGAUGUGAAUGUACAGCCUGGACUAUACAAAAAUAGGUUAUUUUUCAUGUUACAAUGAAUAAAUAUUUUAUGU